AUGAGCAGCUACUUCAACUCGACCUGUCCGGUGGAGAACACGGCGGCGAUAGACCAGUCGAGCUUCUGGGACGGACGCUGGGACGCCCACGAGAUCGGAUGGCUCAUUGCAGGCGUCACUGCCGCCGUCUCGACCGUCAUCACGUUCUACAACGUCUGGCUGCACGCACGCAACUACUACAAGCCAAAGGAACAGCGGCAGGUCAUCCGCAUCCUCUUCAUGCCCGCCGUCUAUGCGGUCGUCUCCUUCUUCUCCUACCGCUUCUUCCGCGCCUACACCUACUACAGCGUCUCGGUCGUGGCCUACGAGUCACUUGUCCUCGCCGCCUUCCUCAUGCUCCUCCUUCAAUACAUCGGCCAAUCCACCGAAGAGCAGAAGGCGAUCCUGCGCGACAAGGAGAAGCGCAAGAUUCCCAUUCCGUUCUGCUGCAUCCGCUUCCGCCCGAGCAAGCCUUACUUCCUCCAUGCCCUCAAGUGGUCCGUCUUGCAGUACUCGCUGCUUCGUCCGACGAUCUCUAUCAUCUCCAUCAUCACCGAAGCAUUCGACAAGCUCUGCCCCAACCAAUAUUCGGUCUACUUUGCGGCGGUCUACCUCGACGCCAUUGACUUUGUCUCGAUCUCGGUCGCGCUGUACGGCUUGAUCGUCUUCUAUGCGCUCGUCAAGGAACGCCUGGCUGGCAAGCGCCCGCUCGCCAAGUUCUUGUCCAUCAAGAUCGUCGUCAUGCUGCUGUUCUACCAGUCCUUCGUCUUCUCCAUCCUGCAGAGUCACGGAGUCAUCAAGGGAACCGACUACUGGACGUCGACGAACGUCGCGGAUGGCCUCGCCGCCCUUUGCGUCUGCUGCGAGAUGGUCAUCAUGUCGCUCGUCUUCGGCUGGGCCUUCACGUACAAGGAAUACGCGCCCUUGCGCCCGAAAGGAGCGCCUCACACGAGCGUCUUCCGCUCCAUCAUGCACUCGUUCAACUACUACGACUUCCUCGUCGAAGGCGGCCGCGGCAUCGCCUUCGCCUGGGCCUUCAUCCUGCGCAAGCCCGGCACACACGCCGGGAAGAACACCCGUGCAAAGCUCAUCACCGCCGCACACGACAGCCCCAACGCGCAGUACGGGUUCGAUGUCGGUGCGGCGUUUGCGGGAGUGGAGAGGGACGAGGUGAUGCCGUUUGGGAUGGCCGGGAAGGGCGCGCCGAUGGGUGAGAAGGCGGAGUUGGCGGAGAGUCACGUGCCGCUAUCGCCGAGGAUCGGGCAGGAGCAGUAUCACAUGGCUACGUACGAGACGCGCGGAGGAGCGGCAGACGAGCGGGAACCGGCAGUCGUCCCGCCUGCAUCGUUCGGUCGCCAAGCAGCGACGGACGACCAGCCGUAUGCUUCGAGCCACCCUUACGCAGGCGAACGAGGCGCCGAGAACCGCGCGGAUCGUCAAGGACCGGCGGUCGAGGGACGGGAUUUCGUCGCGCAUGAGAUGCCGCUGCCGGGCUCGCCGCCCCAGCCGCACGAGCGGCAGUAG